UUAUACUGACAAACGAUAUCUUUGGUGACCCAUCUGUUAUGGCAAACUUGACUUUACAGAGUACGGGUCAUAAGUCAAUCACAUGAUUACAAUGUACGGUCAUACACCAAUCACAUGAUUACGGAGCCCAUCGGGCCAAGGCUAAGGGGGGUGCACCUCGCCUCGUGCCUAUAUUUGCCCGUUUGGGAUUGCGUGCGUGCAUUGAAAAAAACCUAAGAGCAACCAAAGCCUAUUCCGUACCAAGCCACUGUCCCCUGUUUACUGCAAAAUGGACACAUCUUCUGACUCUGGCACCAGCUUUCGGCAUAAGCUUCUAAAGUUUGCCCAUCGCAAAUCGCUGUCUAUCAGCGACCUCACGUCAAACCUGCCCCAGCCUGGGCUUCCGAAGUCGCAAUCGCACCGUGAGCUCUCGUCACGCCUUAGCCCCCACGGCUCCCUGAUCCAUCUCCCCGACGGCAAGUCUCUCAAACAGAUUUUUGUGUCCCAGCACGAGCCCUCACGGCUGGCCAACGAAGUAUCAGAGCUCCUUCCAUCCAUUAGGCCCUUGGAACGGAAGCCAACACGCGAAGAAGGCACCAUCGGCGUAUCCUUCACCCGCAACGACACGCCGUCCAUUCACUCCAGCAUGUCUUUGCCUCACCCAGAAAUCCCGGAUGCAACCUCGACCGAGGCACGCGAAGGUUUCAUGUCGCUGAUUAUCUCUGCUGCCCACCAUCUCACUAGCAGCAUCGCCCCGCACGAGAAGCAGCUCACGCAGGACGCCAACGUGUCCAGCUCUACAAUUCUUGAGGAAAACCGAUCCAGCCCCAAGGCUACCAUGGCACAAUACGUGCAAUUCCAGCCGAUCAAGGAAUCCCCUAUAAAUACGCUCGGCAACGGCGACCUCUCGCUCGCAUCGUUUGGUUUUGGCGAAGACACCGAACGCGACGACACCAACUUCAAACUGAUUUUGACCCCCGUCGCCAGCGCGGAGCGCGUGCUGGACUUUGGCGCGGCGUUAGCGCCACAGACGUCGAAAACCCGCCGCAAACCGAACAUUCUCGCCACGCUCAAACCCAAGCGCCGCCCGCUCAGCCUUAGCCGCACCGCGUCGCUCGCGGACCGCGGCACGCGCGAGCUUUCGCCAUCCGCGCCACAAACGCCUAUGGAGCCUGCGCUGGACGCGGAGUCCGAGAGCGACGGCGAAAAGCCGAAUAAGCGCAACGCGGAGUUCCACCAGUUGUUCAAAACGCUUCCGACAUCAGAAAAGUGCACGGCCGCGUACGGCUGCGCGUUGUCGAAGGAAAUACUCGUUCACGGCAAGCUCUAUGUAAGCGCGAACCACAUCUGCUUCAACUCAAACAUUCUCGGCUGGGUCACGAGCUUGGUGAUCCCGUUGAAGAAGGUGGUGCAGAUUGAGAAAAAGUCAACCGCGUUGAUGUUUCCCAACGCGAUGGUGAUACAGACGCUUCACGAGCGGCACGUAUUUGCGAGUUUCCUCUCGCGUGACUCGUCGUUUGACGUGCUCACCGAGACGUGGAGAAACGCGGUACAGGAAUCUGGAACAAGAGGCGGCCCGGGAGCCCGCAGACGCUCAGGAACCCUCUCGCUGGCACUCCGCUCGCCCACCGACUUGUCGGGCGAUGAUCUGGACUACGAUUAUUCGGACAACACCGACGAGUCAACUAUGGAAAGCGACGAGGAAAUGGUCAAGGAGGACGAACCCAAGGCGAGUGACCCACUGCCUGGCACUGAAUCUGGGCAUGCACCAACGUCGCUCGGCUAUACCAAGGCACCUAAUGAUAUUGAGAUUGUUAACGACACGUUGGAUGCGCCGCUCGGUGCCGUGUUCAGCUACCUAUUCGGUGAUGACGUGCUGAACCUCCGCAAGGUUUUGGAGAAGCAGAAGAAUAGGGAUAUUUCUCUGAUCCCAGUGUUCAAGAAGGACUCCUCCGGGAAGAAAACCCGUAAGUAUGACUAUGUGAAGCCGCUCAACGGGCCAAUUGGCCCGAAGCAGACGAAGUGCGAGGUUACAGAGACGAUUGAGAAGGAGGACCUUGACUCGUCGAUGAUGGUUUUACAGUCGACCAGAACUCCAGAUGUGCCGUCUGGUGGGUCUUUCAGCGUCCAGACACGCUUCUAUCUUGCAUGGGGCGAGAACAACGGCACUAAAGUGUUUAUAGUGACGUCUGUGGAGUGGACGAGCAAGAGCUGGAUCAAGGGCGCGGUGGAGAAUGGUUCCAUCAGUGGGCAAAAGGAGUCAUUGGGGGUUUUGGUAUCCGAACUUAAGGUGUUUGCUGCGGCAAACGGGAAGGGACGGACAAAAUCCAAGUCGAAGAAAAGGAAGUCAGAAGAGGUGGAGGUGGAAGUCGUGCCAGUGGUGACACCUCCGCCACUGCCCCCUGGGUUUAUGUCUGCGCUUGACUCUCUUUCUGCCGCAAUCCCGUUGCCCAUCCCAGACGCUGCCAAGAUUCCAGUAUUGCUACUCGUUGCGUAUCUCCUCUUUUCCCUUUUUAGGCGGUCCUCUAACGUUUUGUCAUUGGGGAACACCGGGAUGUACCAGAUGGAGUACAAAGGGCGGAUCUACAACUUGGUACCGUCUGUGCAUGACGGCAGGAAUGAAGAGUAUCAUGCUGCCGGCGGAGAACUCUGGGAUUGGGUGCAUGAUAGGGGCAGAGCAGGGUACCCACGGGAGACGUGGGAGAAGAUAGGAGUGAAGGAGCGGAUGGGAAAACACUCCAGUAGGGAUAUUGAAGAGAUGAUACGGUUGACGCAAAUACGAUUGGAUGAAAUCCAACGGAUGAUCUAGCGGUUUUUAUGCAUGAACCCACUGAGCGGAUAGUUCCAUAAGCGGUACUCUGAUAUGGCGAUUUGUGAAAUAAUAAUCGUUUGUGAAGCAACAACUUUUUGGAGAUGGUUUCUCAGGUCGGAUAUCUCUUUUUGUAUUUGCCUUUCUUAUCGACUGCUGUCCGGGUUAAAUUUCAUAUCUCAAGCUCUUCCAUCCUCCUCCAUGAAA